AUGCUGUAUACCGUACAGCAAGAGCCCGAAAUGCAGUUUCUGAGUACUGCACCGCCUCCUAUUGAUAGUCCCAUGCAAUCCACUUUUCAGGAUCUUCCCUAUGAUGUCUUUUUACUUUUAGCAGAAUAUUUACCAGUGCGGGAGAUACUUCUUCUUGGCACACUUAACCGAUUUUUUCAUUCCUUUGCUAUGCCUGAUAAUCUUGCCUUGUGGACACACUUUGCGGAGAGAGUGUGUUUACUACACCCACCUACGUUAAGAAAGACAUUAUUUAAUGAAUCCCUACUGCGCAUGUAUGCGGCUGUAAAUUCGCUUCCCAUCACACUUUUCUCAUCAUGGGGAGAAAAACAUCUUGGUACAGAUUAUGGUGAUGGUUCAACACUUUCUCUUGAGAUGUCUAGAUGGACUAUUUCCCAAAAGUGUCUAUUACAGUGGGUAACGGACAGUUCUGAGGAAGUUAUUGAAGAUCUUCGUAUGUUUUCUGAUAUUAUUAAUAGAGAAGAAUCACGUUUUGCUCUUACUGGACUUUUAUUAGCACUGCAAGCCGUUAAGAAACGUAUGUGGUGUACGGAAGUGAUGGAUCAAGAGAGUGUGCGAGAUCUUUUGAGAUCUACCAUUGUAGAAGAUGAACAUGAUCAAGGUUGGGCAGUAUUUCGUACAAUUGCAGGAAGUGGAAAAACAAUAUCAAAACGUUUUUUUGUUACACUUUCAUUAAGUGUACAAUCGGGUGAUCUCACAGCAUUAAAUGCGGAACGUCAAAUGAUGAAAAAACGUUUAAAACGAGCAGCUGUUGUGGCUCGUGAGUAUUUACAACUUCGUGAGGUUUUACAUGUUUUGUUGGCGGUAUCUGAAGUAUCUGAUCAUCCAAAUGCCAAACAACGGUAUGAUAGUGUUUGGUCAGCCUUGUGUGGAACCUCCGCUAUGCUUCAUGCGGAAAAAAAUUUACAGGAGAAUCAAUCCGGUGAUCUUGGUGAAGUAACCGCGGCUAUACCAAUGUCUACAGCUGGAGAUGAAUUGCUAGAACAAAUACGUGAUUUAAACAAAGUUACAGUAGGGGGAAUAGUGAGUUAUUUCUUUGGUUACGUGUCGGGAAAAACGCAGCGUAAGGCAUUUCUUUCUGCCCUUUUUAGUAUGAAACACUUGGCAGGCGCUGAGCGCUACGAAAGUGUACCGUUUUGGUGA